ACAUUACACCCCUUUCUGUUUGUGCAUUAAUGUGUUUGCUUGAGUGUAUUCUAUUUUGUUUGUAUGUCAGUCUGUGUGUGUGGCUGUGGGAUGAUUGUGGGGAUGAUUGCUGUCUCAAAUGCUUUUGUGUGACGUGUGCUGUUUUACUAGUGUGGUGGUGAUUGGGAAAGCAUCUGAUUGUUGAUUGUAAGUUUCCAUGAGGGAAACACAAGAAGACAAAAUAUUCCUCCACAAUGAAUGUCAUUCAAAUAAAAAACUGAGGAAAGAUAGACACACACACAAAACACACACAAGGGUGUCCAUCAUGUCUCUGGGUUGGCUGUAGUUGGUCCCUCAGUCCAGAUGAAAGUGCUGGCAAAUCCAUACAAUGGCUUAUUAACAGUAUAAAUCUCCCCCACCUGUCUGUGAGGCUCGUCUCUAAAAUGAACUGAAGAGUCCUUUCCAAUAUGGUUGAUAUAACAUACAAUCACUGCUCAGGGGACCUACAACAAAGACAAACAUACAGUAAAGGCCUGUUCUAAAUGUAAUGAUCAAUAUGUUGAGCUGAAGUGUAACUGCAAAAGCUCUUGUUUUUCUAUUGGUUCCAUCAUAGAGCGAAGUGACUAUAGGAUUUCAUAAGCAUUCAUAACCAUGUUAUAUGCAACCAUAACUACUAAUUAACACAAACUGAACUGACCCAGAAUAGAGACGUUAUAUGUUCGAGGGUGGGGGUCUGGGUCUCCCCCUUGAGUGUUCUACGCUAUUUUCCAUUCAAGGACCACCGGGCAGGUACAGCUAAUCCACAGUCUCUCUGGAAUAUUGUUUCAGAUUCAUCCAGGAGAAACUCGAUCCACUGACCCACACAUUCAGCUUUCAUGCUUACACAGGGAAACCGGGCCCCAGCAGUCACAAUAACUCUCUGUAGUCAAUCUAAUGAAAAAUACUAAUUUAUCAGUAAAUGUACACAACACUGAUAAAUUGAUGUAGUGAGAUUAGAGGAGACAAAUUAUAUGAUAAUAAAUGUUGACAUUUCAACUCUGUGUCACUUCCACAGGAUCACAGAGUAAAAAGGUUGUUAACACAGUUAGGCCUACAUAAUACAUUUAUUUGGUAGCCUACUUCAUGGUUUUGACUGACUGAACAUGAGCAUCAUCUGGUCAUCCAAAGAUAAUUUCCUUUAAUCAAGUGCACUGGGAAAAAAAUGGAGACCAAUUUUAUAACCUCCAUUUUGAUUUUAUAUUCAGUGGCAUCCUGUUUUUGAUGAAUUUAUUUUAUUUAGUUUCCGAUCUAAAUGUAUCUAAAAACCAUUAUCAAAAUUGACUUACACAAGUUGUUAUUGUCUGACAGGCAAGAGAGAGGACACCUGCGCUCUAAGACUCAGAUGAUGAUCAAGGAGACCAGUGGGAUGUUGAUUGGUCACUUCUACGUGGGAGAUGAUGCUUCUCCCAUCAAAGUUAUAGCCUAUAUAAUUCUCUCGGUUGAGAAAGUCAUUAGUGUUGAGUUCUAGGACCUGAUUUUGCGAUAUAACAAGACUUACUCCUGCAGCACCAAACCACACACAGAGAAGCUAUACUCUCACCAAAGCGCAUGAGAAUCUGAUUGCUCGAGAUGAGCGCAACGUAUCUGCGACAACUUUGCCUCCUUCAUUUGGUCUGGUGCCUUGGAUGUUGGAAGGUGACAGAAGCUAAUCCCAGCAAAGAGUGUGAACAUGGAAUUGUUUUGACAAAGGGUCCUGGGAUCCAGACUGAUGUGGGAGAUAUGUGGAGAGAUCAGAAUGAGCAGCAAGUUCAGAAUGUAUUCAAAAGAUUCCUGUUCCACUAUUCAAAGGCAAACUCAGUAGGCUCUAUACAGCAUGCGUCCCAUUCAGUGCACCCAUUGAUGCGCCUGUCACCAAAACUGUCUCAGAGGAGAAAGAAGCAGCUCCUGCUUUUGAAGCUCCGGGAUCUCCCUGAAGGUGUGAUGUAAAAAUCAGACUGUGGAAUAACUUGAAGGCAGACACCAGCAAGUUGCAUACCCCUGAACACAAAAUGGUAGACAGACAGAAGCAGCAUUCUCAGCUCUCGCUGGACUUGAUAUUUUUGAGAAAUAAAUUAAGAUAAAUGUGACUGCA